AUGGCCGACGCAGGUCUUUCAUCAACCGAGCAGGACCCUUACACGGCGGCCGUCAGGGUCCUCGCGCCCAUCACAGCCCUCGGGUGGCUGUUCUUCGGGAUGAUAUGCGUCCUGUCCAUCAACGGCCGGGGGCGAGCCGGGCGGUGGGUGCCCGAGUGGUAUCUGGACACGCUGGGGACGAGGAGGGACCGAGCCUGGCUGGUCGGCUGGUGGGUGGUGGUGCUGGUCCUGUGGCCCGUCAUCCUGCCAAUGGUCCUGGGGAAGCGAGUUGUCGACUGGGCGAGGGCAUCCUGCGGCGGGGAGCGAGGUGCUGCCACCACGACGCAAUUGGAGGAGGGAGCGGGACCGGGCCUGGGGAAGAAGACGAUGGGCAAGGGGGGAUUCGGGUGGUGGUCAUGGAGAGGACGGAAGGGGGCGAUGAAGCUGGGGAGUGAGGACAGUGCUGAGGGCAAGACAUCGAAGUGA